AUGGUGCAGAUGGCCAAACAAAAAAAGUUUACAAAUUCAACCAUCUUCAAGACCUCCACCUCUAACCCAGAUAAGAUCACCCGCAGACAACAUUUCUUUACCCCAGCCGUCGGAAAACUGAUCAGGCGAGCCGAAGUCGCAUCAAUCGGCUCUCCACUUUUUGAAAGGCAACAGGAUCUUAAAAUAAACUUUUAUAACGCAGCCAAUGAUACUGAAGCCCUUAAAAAUCAGUUGUUUAAUAACAAAGAUCUAAUUGUCAAGAAAUGUAUUGAAACGGGAAAAAACUGUUCAAACAGUACGACGUGGAAAUUGAAAGACGGACAAAAAGAAAAAACGAUGCUGAUGAAGAUCGAAAGUGUUCAGAGAAGAUUUACUAAAGCCAUCCCCUCAAUUCGCCAUCUUCCAUACCUAUCACGUUUAAACUCAGUUGGCUUGCAAACGAUAGUUAAAAUUUGGAAUGCACUGCCUGAGGAAGUAGUUUCCUCACCUUCAUAUGCCAUUUUUAAAACGAAACUACUUACUGUUGACCUUAGAAAUUUUUUGCAGAUUAAAUAA